CUGACCAGCAUCAUCCACACCGGCUACCCUCGCCCUCAUCCUAGUGCCCUCGGGCAACCGCACAGUCACUCACUCAAUCUAUCAAGGCACCACUAUGCCUCAAGAGGCUCCCGUACUUCUCGCCUUGCUCGCUCUGUCGGCAACACGCGCUCUCGCCGCACCGAUGGAUAUGCAAGUCGGCAUUCUACAUAUCGGAGGAGGACCGGACGCUCCCUCUGACGCGCCUACGUCACAUCCUAUGGACCCUCCCUCCUCGCCGCCUACCCGUCCGACGGACGUCAUGCUCGAACCUAGCUCGCCUCCCACGAUUCAAGACUCCCCGGCGAAGCCAGACUCGUCUUUAAAUGCCGACACCACAUCAAACGAGCCUUGUACGGACUGCGCGGACUCUAUCCCUGUCUCUAUGUCUAUGCCAGCACCUCAACCUGAACAGUCUAUGCCCGUGAUGAUACAGCAGAAUAUUCUAGCAACCUCUUAUCUGCCUACUGUUACACAGCAAUAUCUGCCUACCCCUUCCGCAGACGAACCUCAAGUCACCGAUGCCUACGUCGAAGACAUUCCCAACGAGACGUACGACACGGCGCCCACGCAAGACUUUACUGAGUCGACCACUCUGGCGGUCCUUGUUGCUGUCGAUCCGACGUCAACUGUGCUGCCCACCGAGACUUUCAUCCCCGUCUCUGGCCUCUCGUCCUCUGCAACGGGCCUAACUCACGUAUCUUCGACCUUCGUUCGCAUCGCUCCUGGCAUCGUCACCCACUCCGCCGAAGUCUCCGAGCCCUCAGCCGGCGCGCCUCACCGACCCACGCACGACAGUACUACCGCAGUAACCGAGGAGCCUAUCCCAACGCGCUACAUUCUCAGCGGCAUCCUCUCCUCGCUCAUCGGCCUCGUCAUCGUCUUCUACUUCUGCGCCGUCUUCCGCCGACACCGCACAAAGCGUCGCGAGGCCGACAACUUCAAGCACGGCACAGAGAGCGUUCUCUCGCGCACGUUAUCGUACGACAAGACGAAGGCGUCGAUGCGGAGCUCGUUCUCGACGGAUUCGCUGCAUGAGAAGGACAACACAGCGACUUGGAGGCCCGAUGCGCCUGCCUCUGCUCGUGUCUCGUCCGGCGCCUGGCUUCGCCCAGCGCACCACUUCCCCUCGCUCUCGGUGACCUCCCUCCGCGCCUCCUUCGUCAAGCGCUCUUCAGUGUUCUCCGGGCUCUGGUCUGCAUCCACCGCUGCCUCCGGACCUCCACGUACUCGCCCAACCGUCUACGACCGCGUUAUCGACAUCUCGAAGAAUGUGCCCGGGUCGAAGUUCAGCGUCACCUCGUCUGACUUCGGCGACUGCGAGAAGCGGGGGCUGAAGAGCUUGGGGGAGAUUCCGAGGCCGGAUGAGGCGUUUUGUAGGACGCCGCCGGUGGGGAGUCCGCUGUUGGGCGGAGUGGGCAGUCCGAUGUUGGGUGGUAUGGGAGAGGGCGAAUUUGGCGGGGAGGUGUACGGAGGCAUGCAGGGGGACCCGUACCGCGCCGUACCCCAAGGAUCGCCUAGGAUCUCCCAACCAGGGUCGCCUAUGAUCUCUCAAGCGGGGUCACCUAUGAUUUCGCACGACGAUGCAUCGCGCCCUUGGACGCUCUACGCGGAGAGCAUGGAGUCGUCGGACGAGGCCUAUCGCUAUGUGGUCCCGGAGGAACCGCGUCGUGAUAGCGACCUGCCGGUCAUCACCUUCAGCGACUACGCGGAGCAGAAGCAGAGGCCAGUGUCGUUGAUUCGGGGGUGAAGGAUGUCGAUGAAGGGGUGCGGCCUGAAGCUUCAAGAGGUGCAGCCUGCAGCUUGAAGGGCUAUGGGCAUGGGCUCGCGGGCUCACCGCUCAGUGACUUGGGCUCGGUGGGUUGGGUUCAUGGGGGAUUUGGGCAAUUGUGUAAUUAUGAACAAGAUGUAGAAGGCGAAUUGGUAAACUGCAAUGUAUCAUCACAACAUGGGUUUCGCGC